AUGCUGCAGGGACUGCGGGAAGACGACCAGCGCGGCGCGACACUCAGAUACGCAGCUGACCAGGUACACACAUGGGCAGCACUCACACGCACAGCAGCUUUCUUCCUCCCUCCUUUCCUGUAUGUGUCUCCAUGUGUGGAUGGUCGAAUCGCUCAGGAGGGCCGCAACCCUCUGCAGCUGGCCGUGCAUCUGGGGGACGGAGCGCAAUUCAGCGAAAUGAUGGCCAUCGCGGCGACGCCCUUGGCCCGCUAUGAUCUGCUCGAGCCUCUUGUUGCAUCCUAUGACAUGAGCCUCGGCAGCUGGAAACCGCCUGUAAGCCAUGACGCCCCACAUAAUGGCAAACACGACGGAAAGGGCGCUAUCUGUGUGCUCCUUUUGGUGCUGGACAGCCUCUAUGGGUGAGUCUCCCUUGGCGUGGCCUUCCAGCCAUAUGGUGAACCAUUCAGGACACACACAUGACUGCCCUCAACACCUACAUACACGCAUGAUACGCAUGCACCGAUAGAUGACGUCCAAGGGUCUAGCCGACAGCUUCCACGCCCACUGUCUGGCCCUUCCGGGCGUCUACCCGUGUGAAGGCAAACCAGCCCACACCGCCAAGGCAAGCAGGGUCUCUCUGUCUGUCGACCGACGGGCCCCGAUGUCCACUCCUGCGACUCUGUGUGUACGUGUGUGUGUGUGUGUGUGUGUGCAGGAGACGUCCCCUUUUCUGUACGGCCUGCUGCAUAUCCUGCAGCGGGAACUGCUGCUGGACAGCAAAAAGGUGCCGUCCACCCGCCCUGCCGACGGGACUAGCAAGACGAAGCCCAUCAAGCGAUCCCCGGGGAAGGCCGAGCCAUGGAAGCUCACGCCAUUGCCGGCCAAUCAGACAAGAGCUGCCGCCAACGAGACUAACAACACCACCAGACACGUCGACGGCAACGAAACGGAGACAGAUUUUGAAAAGUCUGAUGUGUCUGAGGACGCCAACACAACCGCCACUGAAAAGAACACUGAGAUGUCCGAGGGACAGCGGGGGGUCAAUACUACAGAGGAGGAGACAGAAGGCUCUGAAGGAGAGUCUGAAGCGUACGAGGAUUCCAACACUACGAUAGCUGAGGGAAACUCUACCGAGGAGACGCCAGCCAGAAGACACACUGCACAGGAGGAGGACGCCAACAGCAGCGGGAGCGCAUCCGAGAGCAACGUAACAGAGAGUCAGAGCACGGAGAGCAACGCGAGCUAUGUGCAAACAACCAGCAUACGCAAUGGCACCAAGGCGUCAAAGAGCACACGCACCUCCCGUCCAUCGCCGCUGCCCGCGUCCUCCUUCGUCGAAACGGUGUGGACAUCGACACCAGGGCAAGGACACAGCAACGACAGCAGCUACAGCGAGCAUGAUUACAGUGUGACGGAGGACAGUGGCGACAAUGACAACUACAUGGACAUCCAGGGGUGGUCGGACAGCGACAGGAACUUGACCGACACAGGUGAUCGCUCUCAGAUUAAGACCGAGCCAAAUACGGACUACUUGGACGUUGAAGGCUGGUCGGACACCGAGAGCGAGAGCGACAGAGAAGGGGAGCAGGGAGGGGAGGGGGGGAAAGGGACGACAGAGCCUGGUGCCUCUGCAUGCAGCGAAGCGGCAGUCCGUCGGCUGAAAGAAAUGGGCGAUCCCUUUGUGUUGCGGCGGAGGAUCACUCAAACACACAAGGCGGCCGCAGACCUGCUAGAAAAAGACAAAGAUGCCUUCAUUGAGCUCAGGUCAGUGUGUCUGGCGCAUCGUGUGCUUGCAUGCCGUGUCGCAUCAAUGCAGGCGGCGGCUACAGCAAGAGCUGGAGACUUACCGUAGCUCGGUCGACGGCUCUGCCAAGCGGAUCGGGGGGAUGCUGUGCACGCCAUUCCAGCACCAAGAAUGCCUCACCGCUUGGUGCGAGACUGCAAUACAAAGGACUACAAAGGCCAUCUUUUGCUAUGUGUCUUCUUUCUCCAUUUGCAGCUCUGCCGGAGAGUGUUUGUGCGACCGCGAGUACCUGGACUGGACGCUGCUGGGUGGCAGCGUGUUCCGACCGCUCCGGGGCGAGGCCGAGAUAUCCCCUGUGCUGUGCGGCCACAGCCGAUCGGCUAUCUGUAAGAACGAGGCGAGACGGGUCAGGGAGGGCAAGAUGGUCGGUGUGUCUCAGGCUCUGUGUUCCUGAACGCGACCAUACAUGAUGAUGUCGAUGCGAUGGGAAAGACAUUGAAAGAUGUACCGCAGGCAAUCGAGUGCGUCUACGGCAAGGUAAGAAGAGAGACACGAUGAACGUCACGUUCAUUCAGCCGCGACCACUCUCGUGUUUGUGUUUACGUGGGUGUGUAUUGUAGCUGGGCAUGACGACCCUGAUGGUUGCGUCGUACGUCAAGAAGCUUAAGGCCAUCCGAUUUCUGCUCGAGCAGGACUGCAACCAAUACCACCACGACCUCAUCCACGUACAAGACAAUGUAAGGAAGCAAAAACGGAUCGAUCACCUGCCACGCCACACCAGUGCAUGCUUCUCGCUUUGUCUCCCUUCUGCUGCAGUCUGGUCACACAGCAGUGUGGUAUGCUCUGAUGCCGUCGAAGCGCCAGUGGAUCGAGGCGGAGAAAGUGGGCAUUGUGAGCCCCAUCACAUCGCCACAGGCGAUCGAACAACUGCUGCUCGGCGUUCAAACCGACUACGAGCGCCGACAGCUGCUUGAUGCACCCGACAAUGUACACACACACGUGCACACGCGCACACAUUCAUGCACAUGUUUGUUUGUUGGUUUGUUUGUUUGUUUGUUUGCCUGUCAUUUCUCCAUCAGCGUUGCAACACUCCGAUGGUGAUGCUUGUGUUUCUUCACUUCAACGACAUCAAAAUGCUUCUCAACAAAUAGCACCCCAAUCUGCAGAUCACGGGCAUCGUAAGCGGCCAACAGAUGAAUGAGCUCCCAACGUGAGUUCAUGGCAUUUGUGUGUGUGUCUCGGGUUGCUUUCAUCGCAGCACGGCUACAGUCCCCUGCACAUGAUUGGUCGGCGCAUCAGCGAGGACAUGGCACACGGCGGGAGACACAAGCUCGCCGUAAGACAGCCAGCGAUUGUGAGAGACCAGAGGAAUAGCGGAACCACUUCUGCGCUUGGGUGUGCAGGACAUGUCACGGACGACUAUUAUUCGGCUUGCUCUGGGCGUCCACGAGAAGCUACGGGAGGUCAUCGACGUGAGGAUUGGAUGGAUGCAUCCAGAAUCAAACACGUCCCUGCUACAUUCUCCAUCCCUGUCUGCUUUCAUGUUUGGUUGGUGUAAAAUCUGUCCAUGCAUGCAGGUCUUUUCCGAUAUGCAGCGCUUCAAGCUGAUCGGCGGCAUGCAGUGCCAAUAUGACACUGACUGCGUGACGAACAAAUGGUGAGAGAGAGCACUUGAUACUCAAAAUCCCGACCCGCACUAAAUUUCUCCCUCCAUGUGUGUGCAUCAGCGUGCCCAGCAAGGGAGCCUGCGAGUGUUUCGGGACUGACCCGAGCAGCGCAUUUCGCGAAGGCAUCCACCUCUAUAGCAAGGUAGGCGAUCCGGCCCAAGAACGCAAUGCUCAAUCGUGUCUCUCUCUCUCUCUGUGCGUGUGUGUGUGUCAGUACAUGGAUCCUUCCAUCACGAGUUCGCGCGACAAUGAGGAGGAGCUCAACUUCUUCCUCUGUCACCCAUACUGGCUAGAGCUGACCCGCGAGCAGCGAGAGUACAACUUCACCGCACAUCCACGUGUCGCCGACGAGGAAUACUCGUAUGAAGAGGAAGGGGAGGAGACACCACCGCCCGAGGAGUAUUCGACAUCAGAGGAGGAGCAGCUAGAGGAGCAGCCCGUCGUCCGGAGGAGGGUCAUCAUUGCCAAGAGGAGGGUGGGGUCGGGCAGAGCUCCGGGCAGGCGGCCUACUCCUGCAGAGCCGACCCUUGCAGAAAAAGUGACGGAGAGGAAGGUCCCCGGCAAGAAGACUCCAUCAAUUGGUGAGGAAGGACCAACGGAGACUACCACUGAGACGACCACUGAAGAAGAGGAGGAAAAGGAGACAUAUCCCCCGGUCAGCGACAUAUCCGGGGGCGAGGCAUCAUCGUUGUCAGAGGAGGAGUGGCCGUCAGAAGCCGAAUGGUCGGAGGAAGAGCGGCCGCCAGGACGAAACGAGACGGACGCCAUGAUGAGGCAAGAACUCCCUGACAAGAGACGCGGCGAGAGAGAGAGGGGCGGCAAGAGAGAGACAGCCCCAACCGCAGCUCUCGGCACUCCAAAAAGGCGAGUGAAAUUUGAGGAGGAACAACCAGAGACAAUAGAGGAAGAAGGAGAAAGCGGCACAGAGACGGAAGAAGAAGUGGGGCACUUGGCGAAUAUCACAUCGCCCGUUUCUGCAGAAGAAGAGCCAUCACGCGAGGAGGAGGAGGAGGAGGAGGUUGUGGAUAGUGAAGACGAAGAAGUGCCGCUUGAUACUGUCGAUGGAGCUAGCAAAAUGAGGGCGCCUGCAGCCCUAGCACCCAAGGCACCGGCGCCAUACGCGAGACCGAAGGCUGAGGAAUCUGUGACGUCGUCCGAGACAGAGACAGAGACAGGGGAUGAGUAUGAGCGUCUGGGCCAUUGGGCUGAUAGCGAAUCGCCGUAUAGCGAGGAGGAACUGGAAGAGACGGCAGAGGAGGAAAGGCCAGGGCGUCCGCCCAUCAGUGCCCAAGUCGGCGUCUUCCGCAAACCCGCCAUCGUGGGCGGCUAUGGCUUCAAGGCGCCGAGCCGACUGCGAGAAGAGGAAGAACUACACCCGGUGCGUGGACGGCGCAAGAAACAAGAGGCCGGUCACAUCCCGCCCGUCUCAAGGGUUUUACCCCCACCAGCACCAGAGUUGGGUGAAAAGCCACGAGAGCCACAAGCAAGAAGAGAAAGGAGGAAGACAGAAGCAUAUGAGUCCGAGAUGGAGACGGAAACGGAGAAAACACCGGCCACUGAAGAAGAGACAAAAGUCCCUCGACCGCAGCGGCAGAGGAGGCCUCAAGCGAGGGAACCUGAACGGGAGACGACGGUGACGGAAACGGAGACUGAGGGCAACUGGACGUCGAUCGAGGGGGAGGAAGUGAACGCGGAAAGAGUCGUGAGCCCUCCACAGAGACAAGUCGCGAAAGAGAGGGCGCGUCGACGUCACGGCCCUCCGAAGCCUCCCACAGUGCCAAUAAAAGCACGGCCACCAGAAGCCAUCAGUGAGGAAGAAAGCCUCAUCGAGCCAUCAAAGACUGAAGGAAGCCUCACUGAGCCAUUCGAGACGGAGCUACCGAGAAAGCGCCAGCGCGGCCGCGCCUCUCCUGUGUCGCGAGUCCAGCCACAGAAAAGAAGGGCACCGUAUGAGACAGUGACCGAGGAAUCUGAGUAUGAGCGCAUAGGUCACCUCGCGAACAUCACCUCGCCACCUUCUGAAGAGACGGAAGAGACGGAAGAGACAGAGUUAGAGGAGGAUGUGUUGGACACCGAUGAGGACGACGAGCUGCCGCCCGAGCCAUCGUCCAGACGCCCCAUCCCACAAGUAAGGGUACCCCCCAUCCCACAAGUAAGGGUACCCCCCGCACCAUCACCAGCACCGGCACCGAAAGCAGCAGAGCCCCGCACCCCGCCAAGACCGAGUUUUAGAGAGCCCAUGGCACCUCACGGGCCUCAGACAAAGGAAGAAGAGUAUGAGCGGAUGGCUCAUUGGGCCGACAUCGCCUCUCCAUACACCGAGGAGGAGGAGUCCGAGACAGAGGUUGAAACGAAGCCCCAAGAGAAACCAAGGCCUGCCGAACGGCGGGUCGAGGAGGUCCCUGUACCUAAAGAAGAAGAGAAGCCGCUUGUCCCAGGUGAGGAAGCUAACAAAGUAAGGGAGCACGUGUGUCACUGUGUCGCGUGCGCAAGGUGAGUGGGAGGAGAGAGGAUAUGCGGCGACCUCCAGCUCGCCAACCCUGCCCACAGGUAAAGGCACCCACGCACCAAAGCACUCACCGAUUCUGUGCAUGUGUGACGUGUCUCACUCCCUCCCGGCCUGCUUCUUUCCGUGUGCAAUCAAUCAAUGGAUACAGAGAAGGAGAAGCCAGAGAGCCUCGAGGAUAUAAUGGACAGCGGUACGACCAGCCCAAGCCAUAGCUCCAGUCAUCUAUUUCCUAGUGCUUGAACGCCAGUUUUUUUGCCUUUCUUUGUUCAGAGCUGGAAAAAGUGUCUCCCCACCGACACUGGCGGCCACGGCCUCGCGUCGAAGCCCCAGAAGAGCCUCAAAAGGAGCCUGGCAUCGAGAGGCCGCCGGCCAGAACCGAUGCCUACCGGUCAUCUGAGACAUUCGACCAGUCAGAAGACAGUGACAGCACGGACGCAUUCGAAGGUCAUCGAGACAUGCCGCUCCAUACAUGAGACAGGUAUCCAUUCAUGGUGUGUGCAGGGGGAUAUGUGGGGCAGCCAAGAGGAGGCGGGCAUAUCACCGAGAUCCAUUUUGAGAUACAGGUACACUUCCCUAAGCCAACGAACAAUCGUAAUAACGCGUGCAUGCGUAUGCAGCAUCAUCCGAACGGCACCGCGACCAUGACGCACACCGAGCCGGUGACACGUCCUCUAGACAACACGACAUCGACGUUGGUGAUGAUGCAGCACAACGACACUCGGAGAACUAAUGACACGCAGAGCGCACAGCGAGACAGCAGCCCAGCUGUAGAAGCCCAAGCUGCAAACGAUACGAGAAACAGCACGGCUGCUGCAACUGCUGGUGCUGCGGCUGGUUUGGUGGGCGGGGAUCUUGCUAAAGAGGUGUCUCAUCACCAGAACAAUGGCAGCCAAGCUGCGCCACCACCAAGAUGACCAUGCAGCGAGUGGGGCAUUGAAUCAUUUGUCGGUAGCAGCAACGGAGCUAAGAAGUGAUUGGAGUGUCUGCGUUGAUCUGAUGGGACAUUCCAGUUCUACCAUUUGCGACCUCUCUGUACUUGUGAGUGUAGCCGUGCUCUUGUACAAUAGAGAGACAAGAGAGUGAGCUAGUCCGAGUGGAGUAGGUGAGCGUUUGGGACCUCUUCGAUUCGCACCAAUUGAUUGUCCAAUAUAGCUAUAGCACACAUGUGCACAUACACUUUCAGAGAGAUGUGCAGACACCCGCUUCGUGUGGCGGUCUCUUCCCUCGGUACCUCAUAGGUACAGAUUAAGACCGGAAUCGAGCGACGAAAUCACUGACUGACAGACUCACGCCGGAGCCCGUUUGCCUGCCUGUCUGUCUGUCUGUCUGUCCAGCUGUCU